AUGGGCAUACUCAUAAGGUCUCGUCAUCAAAUUGCAAACGUUGAAAUUUCCAACCGUGCUGAUAGAAAGCCGGCCAUCCUGAUGCGGAGAAUGCUGAAAGCAGGACCGUCGUGCGCAACUCGAAUGGAGAUUGCCCUCGAUUGCAACUCCAGAAGCAUGGACCGAAACCUCGUAUUCCACUUUGCUGGGGAAAUCCCUUAUGUUUUCGGAUUGCCAGCCUGGACAUACAUCAACGCAACUGAAGCGCUGGGCCCGGAUUUCCGGGGCCUGUUGCCGGAGUGGAAUCUUUGUCCUCCCUUCGUGAAGCGGGUAUCGUAG